CCCGUAUCGGGGUUGCGCUGCUGUGCCCUCCCCUCAGUCUGCGGGAAGACGCGGCGCUCGGCAGUCAGUAAAAUAUGACACUGCUCCAUAGGGUUUCAUCAGUGGCACUAUGCAGCCUGACCAGACCACAGAGGUUGCAGAAACAGAUGUUCAUGUUGGUACGAAUGUGUACAUCUAAGAAUGAAUCAAGGCGGAAACGGAGCACAGGCACUGGGUCCGGAGAAAAUGGCUGGAAAUGGGGUGCUGCCACAGCGGGAACAUUGUUCGGAAUGGGCUCCUUCCUGAUUUUUGAUUCUCAGAGGCGAAAAGUUGCUCAAGCAGAGUCUAAAGAAGAACAUGUCCCUUCGAAUUCUCUCCCUCAGUAUACAAGAGAGGACAUCAAGAAGCACAAAAAUCCUACUGACAGGAUAUGGGUUACAUAUGCAGGAGAAGUAUUCGAUAUCACAGAUUUUGUGGAUCUGCAUCCUGGAGGAAAAAGGAUCUUGCUGGCUGCAGGGGAAGCGUUAGAGCCUUUCUGGGCCCUCUAUGGUGUUCACAAGAGUGAGCAUGUGAUGGAAAUGUUGCAAGAGUACAAGGUUGGAGUGCUCAGCCCUGAAGACAAGGAGGAGCCAUGUGAUGUGUCUGAUCCUUACUCUGGUGAUCCUUCUCGACAUCCUAUUCUAAAGGUCAAUAGUCAAAAGCCUUUUAAUGCUGAGCCACCUCCUGAAUUGCUAACAGACAGCUUCAUCACUCCAAAUGAGCUGUUCUUCAAGAGGAACCAUUUGCCAGUGCCAAAUAUUAAACCUGAUGAGUUCCAGCUUGUUGUAGAGAGACCCCCUGGAGCAAAGCAGGGUAAACCAUUAAAACUGUCCCUAAAAGACCUCAAGACGAAGUUUUCACCACAUGAAGUUACUGCCACUUUGCAAUGUGCAGGAAAUAGGCGCUCUGAGAUGAAUGCUAUAAAGCAAGUUAAGGGUCUAGACUGGGGUACAGCAGCCAUUAGUACAGCUCGUUGGGCAGGAGUACGACUAAGGGAUGUUUUACUAGAUGCUGGCUAUACAGAGGACACGCCCAAUUUGCUACAUGUCCAGUUUGAAGGCUUGGAUCAAGACAUAACUGGAACAAAGUAUGGAGCAUCAAUCUCUUUUAAGCGUGCAAUGAGCAAGGACCAUGAAGUCCUACUUGCGUAUGAAAUGAAUGGUGAGGAAUUGCCUAAAGACCAUGGCUUUCCUCUGCGGGUUAUUGUGCCAGGUGUGGUAGGUGCCCGGAAUGUGAAGUGGUUGGGACGAAUCAUUGUAAGUGCAGAGGAAAGUUCUAGUCACUGGCAACAGAAUGAUUACAAGGGCUUCAAUCCAAAUGUAGAUUGGGAUACUGUAGACUUUUCUUCUUCUCCAGCCAUACAAGACCUACCUGUACAAUCUGCCAUUACAGAACCGCGGCCUGGGGAAAAGAUCACCCCAAAUCAUGAUGGAAACGUGACCAUCAAAGGAUAUGCAUGGAGUGGAGGCGGGAGAGAAAUUGUUCGAGUGGAUGUGUCUCUGGAUGGGGGAAAAACCUGGAAAGUGGCUGAACUUACUGGAGAGGAGAAAGAGGGUCUGGCCUGGGCAUGGAAAGUCUGGAUACUGGAGGCAGCUAUUCCUGUAGAAUGCAACGAAAUGACUAUCAUCUGUAAAGCCGUAGAUGACAAUUACAAUGUGCAGCCUGAUUCUGUGGCCCCAAUAUGGAACUUGCGUGGGGUAUUGAAUAAUGCUUGGCACCGUAUAAGCAUCACAGUAGACAGAGAUGAACACUGAUGUGAAAAGAGGCAGUUCUCUUAUGGAUAGAGAAAUGGGAUGUUACAAUAAGUGGUACAUAAAGGUGUGAGAUACAGUAUAUUGUAGCUCUUAAUGAUGCUUCCUAGUCACGGAGUUGUUUUGCUGACCCCUUUUUUAUGCUUCUACGAACUUGAGCUUAUAUUUCAUAUUGAGUGUGACUCGGCCAGAGGUCAGUCAGAUUGUAAUUGUAGGAUCCUCUCUCACGUAGAGUUGGUGCUAUGUGGUUCCUAAUAAAAAGAAGUCCUGUCUGCACUUAAAGAGCAUAUAAUAAAUAUAUGUGCAUGUGUUUUGUAUCAUAUACAUUAACUACAUGGGGGUAGUUAUAAAGUGCCUCUUUCCACAGGGAAGUAAAAUAAUUCAGGGAAAGUUUCAUGUUUGAAUGAGAGCUCUACAGAUAGAGAAAAUGAUGUUGCUCUGUCCAUGGUCAUCUUCAAAGAUCCGGCUAAUUCUACGGUUGCUGUACAGUCAUCCGCAAUGCCACAUGCAUGCUAGGCUCUGCCCAGCCCUUCUUACUGGGAGGCCUUCCAAUACAUAUGAGUCAGUCACCUGGUCCCACUGAAAUUGGCUGACAAAGGGGUUGGUUUAUUUUUUAUUUUUAUUUUAUUUUUUUCCCCCCUACCCUCUUCUCAACACUUACCAGGUCUGCUGGUCAUUGGAUGAGAUGGAUAUUUCCUGAGUGUCAAGACAGAACCCGUGAAGCAGGGACCUAGUAAGCUUGUAAACAGCGGCAUAGGACUGGUGAUGUAAUUUUAUUUUUAAAAAAUAUUCUUGUUUUACCCCACCGGACAACACCUUUAACUCCUUGAUGACAUGCACAGUACAUGUAUGGCUGAUGUAAUCUCCGAGUGGCUGCCCUUGUUGUGGGGCUAAUUUGUGCAGUCAGCAAUAACGCCAGUUGCAGACAUUUAGACCCACAGAUUCCUCGGUAAAUUGUGACCCUAGUAUCUGAGACGGCCUGAACGUUUUCUCCAUGCGGAAAUAGGGGAAGCUGUUUGUUGGUGAAUGUACGCCUGAAAUGGAAGUACUAAAUUUCCCAUAUACUGCUGUAUUAAAUCACAUUAAUGUAUGGAAGAAGCAGUCUAAUGACUGCACGUUCAGGUCCCCUAGGGGAGCUUAAAAAAGGUUAGAAAACAAAAAAAAGAGUUGUAAAAUAUACAUAAGUUCAAAGCAUUUCCUUUUCCCAUAAUAAAAAUAACAAAAUAAAUAAACAAAAAUAAAGCUCAUAUGCACCACUGUGUCUUCAAAAUGCCAGAACUAUUAAAAUAUAAACGUAUUUAUCCCACUCGGUGCACACCCUAUUGGAAAAAAUCAAAAUGGCAAAUUCACAGUUUUUUCGAAUAAAAAGUGAUCAAAAAGUCAUACACACUCCAUAGUAUCACAAAAAACUACAGAGGAGUUCUCACACAGCUCUGGAAAUGGAAAUGUGGGGGAAAAAAGUGGGUUAGAAUACAAGAAAAAAAUAAAAAUAAAGUUUUUGAUAAAAAAAAAAAAAUUCAGUAUUAAAACACAAGUAAAUGUGGCAUUGUUGUAAUGUUACUGACUCGGAAAUGAAGGGAACAGGUCUGUUUUUUACUGCAUAGGGAACCCAGUAAAAAUUAAACUGUUAAAACUAUGGGCUUCCGAUCCAUGCCUCUGCACAGAAAAAGAUAGGACAUGUCCUAUCUUUUACUGUAACUUGCAGAUCGCGGACCCAUUCAAGUCAAUGGGUCCGCACCGUAGCAUGGAGUUCACGCGGCGGAGCCUGUGUAUUGCGGACCGCUAUUUGCUGUCUUCAACAUGGGCACGGCGGCCAUGCAUUUGAAUGAGCCCUAAGAAUAACACUAGUGGCUAUAGCAAAAUUAGGCGAGUCUACCAGUGUAGCUGCUUUUGAAUGUAUGAAGCACUGGGUCUGCCUUGUUUGGAGUAUUCCAGCUCAUUCAUGUGUCUGUGGACCAAUGAGUAGUACGCAGUCCCUUCCCCCACCCAAAGUGAUUCUGGUAACCAAGGCAGUGGGAAAAGACUUCGGGACUGAAAGCUGAAGAAAUGCAGGGAGGUUGGCAUUCAUUGAAUGUGGGUAGUUGUAGCCUCUGAUGUGCAACGCACAAUCCUUGGCUGAGAAGCUUCCAGUAGAAGUCUACUUGUCUAACUGAAGAAGUGACAAAGGAGCUAAGUAGUAACUGGGAAUCCUUCAUAUGUUAACCAAAAUGUGCUGUGAUUAUACUGAUGUGUUUGGUAAUAUUCAUAACGGGUAGACAUGGAUGAUUUGUAUCGAAUAUAUACAUAUGGAAUACUCCUAGAUGCUUUAUACAUUGUGCUUUAUUAUGCUUAAUAAUGUACUAUUUUAAUAAAAUCGAAUGCUAAAUUAUA